UGAGGAGUGUAGGCUGGAGAGAGAGUGAGAGGAGUGUAGGCUGGAGAGAGUGUGUGAGAGGAUUGUAGGCUGGAGAGUGACCUUAUAUACCAACAACAACAACAUGGCAGCCACGCCAACCCCAGGAAACAUUUUUGAUGAAUUUGAAGAAGCUUUUCAGAACUGCAUGGCCCCUCUCACCAAGGAAGAUAGUUUUAAUGCAGUCAAUCAAGAAGAACUGAGAACAAAUGCUGAAUCAAGUGGGCAACGCUUCCUGGACUUAGCUAGACAAAUGGAGGCAUUUUUUUUGCAAAAACGCUAUUUAUUGUCAAUCCAGAAGCCAGAGCUAAUUCUCUUGGAGGACAUCAUUGAAAUGCGUAAUGAGCUAGCUCGAAAAGAUGAACUUCUUAAAAAACAUGCAGACAAACUGAAUGAGUGGCAAGGACUUCUGUCAUCAAUGCAGACAAGACUGGGAACAUCACCUUCCAUAGGGCCAAGGCCACCAGGUCCCCCAGGAUCAACCUUGCAUCCAGGAAUGAUGGCUACUCAAACAAGCUCUCAUAAUGCUGUUCCAAUGCCAGGUUUGAGUCCUGUGGGUGGUGGUAUGGGGCCAUCACCAAUGGGUCCCACUGGACAACCAAUACAACACAACAUGAGCAACCCAGGGAUGGGAAUGGCUCAGUCAUCCAUGAUGCAAAUGGGUGGUGGAGGAGGGAGCAUGGGCCCGGGUCCUGGCAUGGGGGGAAUAGGUGGCAUGAAUCAGGGGGGGUAUCAAGGGGUUGGAGGGGGUACAAUGUACUCUGGCAGCAUAGGUCAGCAACACCAGGGAGCUCCAGGUGGACUCCAGGGACCACUAGCUUAUCUUGAAAAAACCACAACUAAUAUAGUGAUGAGAUGUGUGUGAGGAGGAGACAGAAGCUGAGUGUUGAGUGGGUAGUGUUGUGUGGGCGAUGUUACUGCGUGUGACGCAACACUGUCCUGCCGCAGACCCCCCCCUUCACUACACACCUUAAGCUGUUUCAUACUCAGAUGUCCAUACUGCAUAGCAUUCCACAACCACUACUUAAGAGUGGAAUGCAGUCUCCACUACUAUGAUCGAGCCUCAGCGUGCCCUCCUUGUCUGCGCUAUCCUGUCUCUACACUGAUGUACAUAACCACGAGUAUGCAGAGAUACGAUACUGUGUACUGACCUAGUACUAGGGGCAUAUCUUAGUGUAUAAACGCUGUGAAAUUAUAGAAGUGCUUGGCACAAGAGUGACUCUGAUUUAUGUUUAUAUUAAUUUGUAUUGACAUGAGUAAUCAGUAAUAAUGUGAAAGACAAUGCAACUCCUAGUGCGACCGUUUGUCGUGUUGGGGGUUGUUGCAACCCCUGAAUGGGUUGCAAUGAUUAUUAUGUAUAUAUAUAAUUAUUAUCUUUUCAUAUAAUUUUAUACUGCUUAUAUUUGCGAUAAUAGCUAAAUCGUGAAUAUAUUGCUUUAUAAUAUUAUUUGACGUAGUUAUGUUGUUAGGUAGGAUGUUACAUAUUAUGUGCUCAGUUCAAGUCUUGAUUGUCUAACUACUGUAAUUAUCGCUUGUGGCUUGUUAGACUGCCGGCUUCUGUUUCCGAGAUGCAGCUGUCCACUGAGCUAUCACGUGAUCGAGGGGGGUUGUCCUCACCUCACCUGAAGUAUUCAGUCUGGUCUAGACUCGCUUGGUGGUUGGACAGAUUGUCUGUCUCAUUAUUCUUGUUAGUUCUGUAGAACUCUGUUCACAGAACAUUGUAUAGACUUAGUGAUUUUCGACAUUGUACUGAGGUUGUGUGUCGCAUAGACACUCUGAGCAGCUCAGGUCCUGAGCUGUAGCUUCUGACCUAACUUGUACCGGUAUCUGUGUAUUAUCACAGUCGGGGAUUUUCUUAUGCUGAACUUAGAUUCAGUAGUAUGAGAGUUUUGUGACUCUUGUGGAGGAUCUGCUGAUGGUCCCUACUUAGUGUCGUUAUAUUAUCUCCUUGAUCCUGAUUGUGUCGCAGUUGCUUGUUAUAUUGCUAUUGGGCUUAGCAUUCUUUUUAUUGUUCAAGCAGACUGUUCUGAUUGCCAGUUGGUCAAGAAGUUAGUUAAUGUGAGGACUGUCAGUCACUUGUUUAAGUCUAGUCGAGUCGUGAGACAUAGCGAACUACUUAGAGCACUUACAUACAUACACACAAACUUACUUGUACAUAUUUGUAAUAUCUUAUUAAAUGUUAAUGUACCAGACGGUACUUAAGAAUUAUAAAUGUGAUAUGUGCUUUCAGCACAAUAAUAUGGUACUCGAGAGAAGUGAUAUUAUUUUGAUUACUGUGAUUAAUUUAAUUUAACUUAAUUUGAUAAUAUACCUCUAGACUUAAUAAAUUUAUUAAAUUUUAA